CUGCAAACCAGGACGAAAAAGUACGCCAAGGCCUUUGCCUCUCACAAGAUAUACGUAGGACUUCAUUUCUAGGUAAUCUUGAGUUCGAUCAUAGAACACAGUAUUUCGCAGAUCGGAUCAAUCAUGUCGAAGCCCAGGCCAUCAGCGGCAUAUUCUCAGUCUGAAGUCCUGUAUACAACACAGCCAUUUCUAGUAUUACCGGAUCUUAUGGUCCUUCCUGAACAAGAUGUUGGCUUUCUCGAACUCAAUCGGUGCUUUCACCUGCCUGUACGAACGGUCCAAGAAGAGUUCAUCAACCAGUACUUCUUGUACUUACAUCCCUACUAUCCUUUGGUAGAUGAGAAAGAAUUCUGGGAUAUGUACAUGGGGAGAGAGAGCGGUGAUGGAAAAGGGAGGCCAAUGUCCCUGCUCGUUUUCCAAGCGAUGCUUUUCGCAGCAUCUGCGUUCGUAUCGCCAGUAGUGCUUAAAAAUGCCGGAUAUACAAGUGUGAAAGUGGCGCGGAAUAUCUUCUAUAGAAGAGCCAAACUGUUGUUUGACCUUGGGGUCGAGAGCGACGCGUUCACAAAAUCCCAGGCGGCCUUGCUCUUGACGUUCCAAUUUUCAGCUCUUGAACCACACGCAGGAAGCACUUGGCUCGCUAUCGCCAUUCAAAACGCCAUCGUUGCGCAAGCUCACACUUUCCAAGCUCCUGGAUCAAGUAUAUCGCGCAAGAAAAGUAACAAGCGGCUAUGGUGGUCUCUAUUCUGGAGAGAUAGAGUCUUGACUCUUGGCCUUCGAAAACCUUUACAAAUAACGCCGUCCAGCUUUAAUGUUAGUUUAGAUCCAAUCACUCCUGACGAUCUUGCCGAUGAAGCAGAAACCUCUGCUGUAUACGACUCUAGGACCAAGCGCCAGCUAGCAGAUAUCAUAAACUACCAAUGUCGCCUGGCUGUUCUUCUGACAGACACUCUUUCCAUCUGUUAUGGGCCAAACGCAUUCGAUAUCACGUACUCGCUGGAUAACUUCGAGCAAACCCUUUCUCAGAUCAGAACCGCCAAGAGUAAUCUCGCCCGCUGGAAGAAAGAGGCAGACAGAGCCCUCCAUCCAUUUCUUAAUGGCAAGGGGGCGCACCGUUCGACAACGCUCAUAUCAAGCGUCGUAUACAUAUAUGCUUACGCUGCCCAAAUUGCUCUUGGAAAUCAUGAAGCGAUGAUGAUUGAACAGCGACAAAAAGGGAUCAAUAUCGUCGACGACACUGUACUCCGGAAUAUCGGCAAGGAUAUAAGUUAUGCGACAACAGAGACAACGAAGCUAGUGGGAUUCAUUGUUCAAGAAGGUUUAACUCAACACCUUCCUAUAUCUGCCAUCGCGUACAUUGCGUAUCCGCUUAUGCUGAGCUCUAUUGAUGAGAGGAUAGCACCCAAGGACCUUGAAGCCGACGAAGACCAAGUUUUAACGAGAUAUCAUGCACAAGCAAUGCACCUGUGUAGCAAACGGUUUGAAGGUGCUGAAGAUAUCAGUAGAAUGAUCACUCAGAUCGUCCAGUCAACACCCAUUCAGCUACCACUACGUCCACACUCGAAAGCACCAGGGCGUCGGCAGUCAUCUGGAGCAGAGGGAGCAUUGUCGCCAUCGAAGAGUCUUACGAAAUACUGGGAUGAGCUAUUCAUCACGCGCCAGUACAUGCGCCUUCGACUUUCCCUCGACUACGCCUUGAUAACUGGUAGACCACCAACGGAGCUAGACCUACCGACAUCUAUUCUUCACGACGCGGGGAUAAAGAGGUUGGCCUACGGGCCGAUACACAGCUUGUCUGCGACAACUCUGUACUCGCCUCGCAAACGUCGCGCAUCGGAAAGUGUUGCUGGUCUGCCGAGGGUCAUUGAGCUGGACGAGAAACUAUCGGACGAUGAAGGGCAAGCGGAACAUGUUGAGAUAUUGGAUGAGCUGACCGCACCUAGCACUCAACUUGCACAGAGGGAGGCGAGCAGUGUAUCAUCUCGGCCACAUUUUGACUAUGAUGCAAUUUGGGCGGCUAAUUUGUUUGAGGAGAUUACAGAUGUACGCGGCAUAUCUCACUCCGAUGCAUCGACAAGGAAUGGCGACAUCAACGUAUACACCAUUCAUAUGCGACUUCGUGGUAUCAUUGCCCCGAGAGUACCGGACCCCGCGAAGAUGCGCUAUACCAUAACCCUGGUCUAUGAUGUACUAACUGAAAGAGAAACUGUCAAAAUGAGAUUCCCUUUUGCGGGCCUGGUACUCACCGUCAUUGGUUCUGUCCAGUCAAGUCCUGUUGCCCAAGCUGCGAAACCACCACAAUUCUUCCUCAUCGGUGACUCAACUGUCGCCGUUGAUGGCGGUUGGGGUAAUGGACUCCUAUCGUACCUGAACGCCCCAGCCAAAGGCGACAAUCGAGGUGUCAGUGGCUCUACUACCGUAUCCUGGAAGUCUAAUGGUCGCUGGGACACUCUCAUCAAAGACAUCAGUGCGGCAAAGGCCGAAUUUGAGCCUGUUGUGACCAUUCAAUUUGGUCACAAUGAUCAGAAGGUCAUGCAGCUGAAUGAGUUCCAUGCCAACUUGGUCGACAUUGGCAAUCAGAUCAAAGCGGCUGGCGGAACACCGAUUUUCAUCACUUCACUCACGCGCCGCACCUUCCAAAACGGAGAGGUCGUCCAGAACCUCAAGGAAUGGGCUGCCGAGACUAUUGCAGCUGCUGGGGAUGUCGGUGCCCAAUAUCUCGAACUAAACAAAGCCAGCACUGACUACGUCAACGCCAUUGGUAAUGAGAACGCACAGCGUUACAACUGGGGAGAAGGUGAUAGGACGCAUCUGAAUCCAGCUGGCGAAAUUGUCUUUGGAAGAAUGGUGGUGGACUUGUUACUGGAAAAGCGGGAUGACUUCUCAUCGUAUUUUACUCCCAACAAGGCGCUUAGCGAUAAGAUUGCAAAGGGAGAGUUUGCUACUGGCGACGAGUAGCUCCGAGAACAGCGGGACCUAUCUUCUGUAAUGGAAGUAACAUGUAUUCUACUACGUAGAUUGCAGCACGAACCAAAGUCAGAUUAUUAGU